AUGUCAAAUUUGUUUUUACAAACAUCAUUUUUUCGCCUCUUAUAUCGUUUUUUCAUUUUUCAAAAUCUCAUCUCCUUUCUAAUUCUUUACCCCCUACCUAUUUCCUCACCUUCAACUUCUUUUUCCGCUCCUAUAUCUCCUCAUCCUUUUUCCUCUUUUCAAUUUGUCUUCGCUUUCUUCACUAAUUUAUUCUUCUUGCCUUUUUUUAUUUUUCUUCUUCCUUUCCCAUUUCUAAAUACCUUUUUCUUCCUUUUUAUUCUUUUAUUUUUCGUUUCUCCCCUUUCUACUUUUUCCUCAUCUUCCAUUUCAUUCUCUUCCCUAUUUAUUUUCCCUUCUUUUCGUCAUAGAGUCAAUAUUUUCUUUUUUCUUCUUCAGGUCUUCAUUCUCUCCCUAUCAUUUAAAAUACGUUUUCUUCUGUCUUCUUCACUUCCACUUAAUCUCCAUUUUCGCCAUCAUUUUUGUCCUUCUUCCUCUUUCUUCUCAUUCUUUAUUUCAUAUCCUAACAUUGACCUCAGUUUUUCUUUUUCAUAUUUUCGUCAUUAUUUUUAUUUCAUUCUCUUAUCUUCGUUCUCUGUUCCUUUUGCUAUCACUUUUUCUUUUUCUUCCCUUCCUAAUUCUGUUUCUAUCAUUCUCUUUAUUAUUUAUUUCAUCUACUCUUCAUCUUCCUCUCUGUAUCAUUAUCCUCACCUUUUUUCUUCUUCUUCAGUUCUUCUUAUCAUUCUUCCCAAUUUUUAUUCUUUUUUCUACACUUUAUCGCCAUAUCUUUUCUUUUACACUUCUUUUACUUUCCUAUUUUUAGUCUGCCUUUCUCUUAAUUCUUUCUUUUCUCCUUCCUUCCUUCUCUCAUCGCCCUCAUUCCUUGUCCUCUAUCCUCACCAUCUCUCUCUAACUCCUCCUCUCUCUCUCUUCUUUUUCCUUCUUUUUCAACUGUUCGCUGACAUUUGCUUUUUAUUCUUAACUUCUCCUCCAAAUCAACAUUUCCAUUUCACGGGGGUCACUCGCCUACUUUGUAUUCGCCAACCAUCCCACCGUACGCACAUACCAUUUUCCCAAAGGCUGCUUUACAAUAACAUUACCAUCACCUCUAGUUUACCUUUUUUACACAUAUGCUCGUACGCGUACACAAAAUCACGUCUGUCAGUUUCAAAUCUCUUAUUCUCUGUUAUUUUUUACCCUUAUCUCUACCUUGAUUCCUUCUUUCUUACUUGCCUCAUCAGCCACCGGAUCCACUUUAUCUUCCACCUCCACCAAAUUCCUCAUAUCUAUCCCUAUAUUAAUACAUCUUUCUGUGAUAUCAAUGUCUUUCUCUCAAAUUUCUAUUCUCUCCAUCUUGAGUUGAUUAGCCCCCACUUCAAACCUUAUCUAUUCUCUCUCUCUCCAUCUCCCUCCCUCCCAUCUCUCUCUCUCUUUCUCUCUCUCUCUCUCUCUUUCUCUCUCUCUCUCUCUCUCUCUCUCUCUUUUUUCCAGCUUCUGCUAGCUUCGAUAAAGAAGGAAAAUAGAAAACGCGUUUUUCGUUUGUUGCGUCUCUCAUUCUCUCUCUCACCCCCUCUCCCGCUCUCUCUCUCUUUCUCUCUCUCUCUCUCUCUCUCUCUCUCUCUCUCUCUCUCUCUCUCUUUCUAUCUUAAGGGUGCUUCUAAAUAA